UAAUAAUAAAAUUCAAUGCAAGGGUCAUUAGGAGGAGGCCACUAUACUGCUAAGACAUUAAAUGGAAACUGGUACGAAGAUAGGUGGGAUCAUAAAGAAACUAUGCUAAAAAGUGCCUUAGAUAAUACAUACACAACUACAACAGGAGAGAUUGGAAAAGAGUGCAAACCAGUCAAGGAGGAUCAUAAAGAAGAGUUCUUUAACUGCACAGGAAAUUGGAUGAGCUUCCAGCCUGGCUUUGACGGAACAUUUAAAACAACUCAGAGAGUUGACUAUUGCUCUCCUUCAGACCAAGAGACGAAGUUCAAGAUGAAGGAGACUGUUUUAACUAAGGAUCCUGAAGCUUUGGAAAGAUACAGGAAGAAAUAUACCAAGGCUGGUCACAACUUCAACAGAACUUAUCUUGGUGAUGAGAAAGGAUUAAAAGAUUAUUAGUAC